UUGUUUCUAAUCCAUUAUAUUUCAUUUUUAUUUACUUAUAAACCAUAUGUUCUCUCUCUACCAGAUAUGCGGCGUCACAACAACUUCAAGGGUCUCAAGAUGAUAAACUUCAGGUUCACCAACAAGGUCCUGCAGAAUGAAGUGGCGGAAGCCUUCCUUAAUAUACACAUCCAGGAGUUAGAAGCUAGACAUAACGUUACAUUAACAGAAGAUCAGUUCAAUGUUAAUACACAAGUCAAUAGGGUUACGCGUAAUAGUCAAGGGAAUAAGGCGUCCGUUCUUUAUUCAGAGAGAUCUAUAAAGAUGUCCAGGAAAGAUCUGAAAGUAGGUCGUUGGGUUAAGAUAAAUGUGACCACAAUGGUUGCAGAAUUCUUCAGGUUGCCGAGAGAGAAUCUGGCUAUAGUCGUGAGAGUACAAGACUCGAAAAAUAGACUGAGUUUGGGAGUGCCACAUCUCAACUCGGAAUCAAAUGCUUUGAUGCCUUACAUAGAAGUAAGUCUAAGGGAUAAUUCGCACAAAAGAACCCGAAGAAUGAUCGGGAUGGAUUGCACAGAGAAUUCAAAAGAGGCCAGAUGCUGUAGGUACCCUCUCUCGGUAAACUUUGAGGAGUUCGGUUGGGAUUGGAUCAUAGCGCCUAAACAAUACGACGCCAAUUACUGCAGCGGCGAAUGUCCUUACAGCUUCCUACAGAAAUAUCCCCACACCCAUUUAGUCCAUUUGGCUGCUCCUCAAGGCAGCGGAGGUCCGUGUUGCGCUCCUAGAAAGAUGAGCAGCAUUUCUAUGCUGUACUUCGAUCAUGAUCUUAACAUCAUCUACGGAACCAUACCGGGCAUGGUUGUAGAGAGUUGCGGCUGUUCAUAG